UUAAAUCAGUUUCCAUCUAGCAAACAAACAAUCAGGUUGUGUUCCUAACCAAAAAAAUAAUAAAAUUUCUACUCUUACAAUAAAAACAAAGAACUCUCUAAAUUAAAAUUUACGUGUUUUAUAAAAAAAAAAUUAAAAGAAAUUUUAAUUGAGUCAUCAUUAAGAAAAAAUAAAUAAUUUGAAUACAAAAAAAGAAAAUAAAAGAACAUUCUGCAAAAAACUAACAAUUAAAGCAAAUUGUGUAAUUUAAAACAAAAAAUAAAAGUUUUAACAAAAAUGGCUGUAGCAUUCUAUAUACCCGAUCAAGCCACCUUAUUGCGUAAGGCCCGUCAACAGGAGCAACAAAUCUUAGCCAUGCGAGAGGCUCAUUGGCGUCAUGUGGCCUCGGUGGUCUAUGAUGCCCUAAGGCAAUACUUGGAGGCCACACCUUCUCUACUCAACCGCGCCAAAACUAACAGCAACAAAAAAGUGAAACCCACUAAAAAGUAAUUUCCCAAAAAAAAAUUUUCGCUAAUUUCUCCAACAAUAUAAAACAGUGAGAGUUUUAUCAUGUCGACUACAAACCAUAAAGAUGCCAUAGUACAAAUUACUUACCAAUAACUAAUUACUUCAUCUAAUACCACUAACAAAAGCCGUCGGGCUUUUUUUAAAACUUCUCCAUACAUUAACUUAAAAACUAAACAGCUUUUUUAUAACUUUAUUUAACAAAAAUUUCUUUUGUAAUUACUUUUCAAAAUUUCAUAUAUUUCUUAU